AUGACCUACAUAUACGUGUAUAACCGGAACCAGAGGAAUGGACACCCUCGUUCCGCUGGCUGUGGUCGGGAUCUGGAAGUACCUCGCCGCCGCCUGGAUCCGCCGGGAUAUCGAGCGACAGUUCCAGUAUUUCGGAACUGUAUCCUGUAUAAAUCUUUACCCAGUUAAAGGCUGCCAUGCUACACUUGUCAAGUCGGCCCGGUGUGGCGCACGAGGCUUGGAAGUCAACGGAGUUAAAGACAGAUGUAUCAUGGUUGUGGAUAGACAGACGGGUAUUGGUCAGUACAUGAGGCACUUUCCGAAGAUGACCUACAUUACGGUCACUGUCGGCGACAGAUCCAUCCUUCUGGAUGCCCCAGAUAUGGAGACCUUGUGCUUGCCUCACAACCCGGAUCCAAGCCAGCAACUCAUCAUCUGCGAAAUACAUGCAUGCAAACUGAUGGCGAGAGACUUUGGUGACGAGGCCGCUAAAUGGAUCGCAAAAUUCCUAGAAAACGAAAAUCUAAGACUGGUGCAUUUCAUAGAAAGCAACAAUAGGCUAACCAUAGAAACUGAAAAUAACCGUCGCCAAGGCAACCUCCAAAUCUCGCAGGACGACAAGAUUUCCUUUUCCUGCGUGUCAUCCUAUUUACUAGCCAAUGAAAGGACACUGGACGAGCUGGCCAAACAAACGCCAGAGUCUAUAAAGAUGGACAACUUUAGACCCAAUAUCGUCAUCGACGGCAAGUCACCGUUUGAAGAGGAUACUUGGAGUCAGAUUCGGAUCGGAGAAAAUGUGGUAUUUCGUUGCCAAGAGUCUUGCAAGAGGUGUAUGGUUACAACCAUUGACACUGAUACUGCCCAAAGAAGUCUGAAAAACGAACCACUUAAAACAAUGAAAACAUACAAGGAGUCUGUGGGUGGAGUCCCUACAAGUUUCGGGGUGUACGCUGCCGCAGAAAUGGGCGGAGAAAUCCACGUUGGGGACGAGGUCUACGUUCUGAAGUGACCCACUUGAUCUUAUAACUAUAAUUGAUCAUGUUAAUGUUGCAUGCAUUGUGUUGGUUCAUAGUUUAGUUAAAGUCUAUCAUGAUUCUUGCGUUGAUCACAUUUUUGUAAUAAUUGUAUACAUUUUGUAUUUCAUGUAAACAUGUAGAUGGUUAUUUGCAAACAUGUAUUUAAUAUUCACACUUCAAAGAUGAAAAAAAAAUAUAAUACAUGUAUACAAAUUUGCUAUUUGUAUUUGUGUAAAAAAAGAGAUGACAUGAAUGUUAUAAUCAAACUGUAACUCAUAGCUCGAGUAAUUCAUUGGUGUAUAUUUGUUACAAUUAGGCAAUGUGGGAAAGUAAUACAGAUACUCUAGAUUAAGAC